AUGGAUAAAGAAAAUAAGAAAAAGAUUUAUGAGCAUCUUCAUAAUAACUCUGUUACACCGACACCACAACCAAAAGAAAGAUUGCCGGCAAAAUCCACUUAUGAGCAAGAACAAGCUGAAAGACGUCGUUUAUUGGAAGAACCUCCGGCAAAAGUAUCUCUCACAAUGGCGAAACAAAAUAAGGCGGCUUUAGAUCGUGCUAAACAAGUCCAGUAUACCCCCAAAACCCAAAAAGUGGGAUCACCCUUACCUGAACCGCUAACUAAUCGCAGGCGUUCUAAAAUAUUUCAUAGUCCAGUGGCAAACGUAGUUGGAAAAGCCAGACGCAUAAGGGUGCCAAGAUUAGAAGAAGUUGAUAAAGACAAGUUAGAAUUAACACCUACAAGGUCGUUAGAAUUAACACCUACAAGGUCAUUAGAAUCUACUACACCCACACAAUCGCCAUUAAUGAUGUCAAUAUCUCGCCAACGUUCAAGGAUAUAUUCUAGUCCGACUUUGAAUAUCUCGGGAACGCCUAAACGUGCCAAAAUAAUAGAAUCAAUAGAAGAUCUCAGCGAAGUAGGCAAAAUUCAAAAUGAUAUGGAUUCCAUAAAUUUAAAUGCAAUAAACCUGACACCAUUAAAUCCCCGCAAACGGCUCUCAAUAUUUCCUAUUUGUAAAGAUGAUAGCGAGCAAAGAUCUCAAUGA